AUGACUGCAGACACCGCAGACAGACUCUACACCAAGAUCACCGGGCAAUACCAGGCCUUGCAGGAUAGUACCGAAUACUCGCAGCUGAGGACAGAGCAUCUCUCGUCUCUUGCGGAAAGCCUUGCAAGCUAUGCUCGUUACCUUCGUUAUAUCGAAAACUCCCGCGUCGGCACCAACAAGCUUCCGAGAGAGAUUUUUCUUGAGAUCUGCAAACAUGCAAUCGCUCCCUCGGGAUCUUGGUCUCUUCGCGGUCUCUACGGCAAUAGUCCAUGCAUGAAGGCGUUCAACCGUGAGGUCCAAGCUCGCCUUGUCAACUUCCGAAUCGCGGUAGAUGGUGAAUCGGGAUAUGCCUACCCUUUCUACUAUCUGAAAUGCCUUUCCCACUGCCUCCCCCUCGACUCGCCCCGCCUGGAGAGUCUCGUGAUGUUCUUGCCUUCUAUGGGAGUAGCCGGUAACAGCCCCAUAGCGCAGCUUUUCGACGGGACUACCGGAUCUCUCCUUCGCGCUCUUGCGCUCUCUCCCGGUUCUCUGAUGACGUCCAUUUCAAAACCAUUGCCACUCCUCACCCAUCUCUAUCUGUCGUUUCAAAGCUGCCGGAGUUCCUUCCGCCCACUGCAAGCCGUCCUCCGCCUUCUCUCCUCUUCCCCCAGGAUACAGUUCCUCGUGAUCAGGAACGUCAAGGCAGAGAGCGGUCCCCCCGCAGACGGAAGUGAAGUCCUCCCAAACCGCCUCCCCAUGCGUCACCUGCGCAACGCGACGUUCCUCAAGUGCGCCUGGUCCUUCGCCGUCCACGUCCUCGACAGCCUCGCGCUCCCCGCGAACUCCCACGUGCACAUCACCGACGCCGCCGUGCUCGAAAAAGACCUCCCGGCCGUACAGGUCCCCAAGCUCCCAUUCUUCGACGGCCCGGCGACCCGGAUGCGCAUGCUCUUCCACUCGCGUCUCUUCUCCGUCGUCGUCGACGGCCCCUUAGACGAGUCCGACGCGGGGCGCCCCGCCGGCCGUCUGCACAUCGAGCGCCUCCAGUGCACGAACGGAGGACGGGUCGAGCCCACGAGCGUCGGCGGGCUGCUCCUCCCCUCGCUGCGCGCCUUGCACAUCCGCGUCCCGCACUGGACCUCCGAAGAGCCCGCCCAGCCCGAGCCAGACGCGAUCGCGCGCAGGCUUCCAGAGCUCCUCCAACGCCUCCCUCAGCUCGAAGCGGUCGUGCUCGACCUGGACCCCUCCCCACACUCAGACUGCGAGCAGCGCACGGACGUCCCAAAGACCCAAGCCCCGCCGCGCACCCCAUUCCAGACGGUCCUCCGACCGUUCUUCGACGCGCUGGCGGCGCCGGUAGUCCUUCCCGCCUUGCGCAGCCUCGGAGUCCGCUUUGGGAAUGCCGCUGCAGCCGCGGGAGUCGUGGGGGACGCCGCGACGGAGUGGCCGGUCCUGCUGCACAGCUGGGCCGAGGCGCGCGCCGCAUGCGGGCGUCCGCUCGCCGAUGUGUAUGCGGAAUGCCACGGAGUUGACGCGGAGUCGGGGGAAAAGCGGCUGUGGAGGUGCUCGUGCACGCCGGUGCAGACGCGAUCAUAUCCGAACGGAGAGCAUCGGAGGUCGGUGGAGUGGGUUCGGGUGGAGGAAGGAGAUCGGAAGAUGGACUGGUAUGCUGAAGACGAGGAAGGGUUCCUUACGAGGGACAGAGACGAACUUCUACAGUACUGGGAGGUUCCGAAGGAUGUUACGGAUUCAUGGCACAUCUAA